AUGGACGUGCUGUGGCCGGAGGGGGCGGGGGAGGAGUUCCGGGCGAGGAGGAGUUUGGAGUUUGAGAGGUUGCCGGAGGGGGUGUUUGGAGGGUUUUUGGCGAGGUUGUUGUGGAAUUUCGGGGUGUGUUGUUACUGGAGGCGCGGGGCGGUGCUGAGCGAGUCGCUGGUGAGGUGCAUGAAGGAGGGAGAGGGGCGGUGCGCGAGGUUUGGCCUGGAGGAGUGCGAGGGGUGGUUGGCGGAGGGGGAGUCGGUGGCGCGCUGCGCGCGGGGGCACGGCGUGAGGUUGGACCUGCUGUGCCCGGAGUUGUGCCUGUACGCGCUGAACAAGAUUGAGGUGGACGCGAGGGAGUUGGAGCCGUGCGCGCAGGGAGAGAGGGGGUUGGUGUGGCUGAUGAGCGGGAUUGACCACCCGAACGUGGUCCGCUUGAGGGGGUACGGUCUCCGUCCGGACCCCAUGAUAGUGAUGGAAUACAUCAAGGAGGGAGACCUGCACAGGGCGCUGUGCGAGAGGACGCGCUCGCUUUCCUGGGCGUUUCGCCUUCGCGUCGCACUCGACAUCGCGAGGGGUAUGGCGGCGCUGCACGCGCAGGUGCCCCCGCUUUGCCACGCGGACCUCAAGUCGCCGAACUGCAUGAUCGUCUCGUGGGACGAGCGCGCGCCGGUCGUCGCCAAGGUUAGCGACUUUGGCCUCGCCGUUCGCGUUUACCGUGGCCGCCAAAAUCUCCAGGGGUCCACCAAAAAUCCGUUUUGGGCUGCCCCGGAGAUCCUCUCCGACCAGCCCUUCGACACCUCCGCCGACUGCUACAGCUUCGGCGUCAUCCUCUGGAACCUCCUCACUCGCAAGACCCUCUUCGAGGAGCACCUGCCCUGCAUGGAAAACAUCUCCAGGGCCGUCCGCGCCGGCAAGCGCCCCGACAUCCCCGUCCACCCCGACGUCCACCCCAACUACCUCUCCCUCAUCAAGUCCUGCUGGCACCAAGACCCCUCCAUGCGGCCCCCCUUCUCUGACAUCUGUCAGGCGCUCUCCACCCUCGCCUCCCGCGUCCCCGCGACCCCCCUCCCUCCACCAACCCGCCCCCCCCCUCGCCGCCCCUCUCCGACCCCCCCAAGGCCCGCGAAUCCAUCUCCCUCAUCAAGAAAAUUCCCCUCAACUCCCGCGUCGACUCCCUCCUCCCCGUCUCCGUCUCCUGCGUCUGGGCCCACUGUCCCGACAUGAACCUCGUCCACGUCAUCUGCUACGCCAGCGGCGAGCUCUCCAAAUCCUUCGCCGUCCCCCCCGUCUCCUGCCUC